UUUGCUGGCCUGUAAAAAGCACGCCACAAGUCGCAAUUGGCAUCAGUCGAAUUGUAUACGUUCACGAGACAUUUUCUAUUGAAGAGUCAGUGUGAAAUUUUUCAACAACGACAAAUCGACCAACCAGCAGAAAUGAAUUAAUAAAAUUUCACGAACAGACACUCUAAAAGUCGAGAAAGCCUCAGAGAAGUGAAUAAAUUGCGCAAAAGAUCAGCCAAAAAUUUCGGUUAAAAAAUUCAAAAAACAAAAAAAAAGAAAUAGAGUUAAAACACUGAAAUUUAAGAAAAAUAAUGUGAAAGAACUAAUUAAAAGUGACUAUGAACACUCAUAAAAGAUCAAGACUCAUGAGGACAAGUUAAGUUUGUGCUAAAUUGGCAAAUAACUAAAAACAAAAUAAAAUCCGGGAGAUAAUUUUGGCUAAAAUUGGCAAAAACAAAAUUACUAAAGUGAACUAACAAACAAUCCAAGCCCCACACAGCUAAAAAACAAUUUUUAAAAGCAUUCACCAGAAAUACAAGACUUUAUUGCAAUUUUUUGGACUUUUUUUGGUUAUAUUUUUUGGUUGAUUUAUAAACUAUCUUUUCCUCAAAUUUUUCGGCCUGAGCUGUGUGUGUGGUUUCCUAUUCAAAAUUUUUCGUUGUCAAAAUUUUUCCUCACAAAAAAAAAAUCAAAAUUCAAAAUUUUUCCUCAAAAUCCCGAUGUCAAACAAUAAUCCUCUAUCCCCAAAAAUCUUUACUAACAUCGCGAGAUUGUGAAAAAUAAAUAAAAGCUCGUGAGCUCAACUAAAGUUAAAAAAAAGUGAAUGUAAAAAGAAAAAAAAAUUGUGAAAAAUUAAAAAGAAAUUGUGUAAACGAGAAUUCCCAUUGGAAUUGUUAAAUGAGCAUAAGAAGAAUUUGCAUCUGCAUGGACUUCUUGCGCAGCCUGCAAUCUUAGUGAAGAGCGUCAAUUAAUUACGAAGCAUUGCCUUUGAGGAAAACGAGAGAAAGUAAAACUGAAAAUUGACAAAAUGGGCAGCAGUGAAGGUCAAACGUACUGUCUGCGAUGGAACAAUCACAAGUCCAACCUCGUGGAGAUUCUGGACGUGUUGGUGAAGAUGGAGAACUACGUGGACUGCACACUGUACGUGGAUGGAAAUGUGCAGUUCAAGGCUCACAGGGUGGUACUGGCUGCCAACUCUCCCUAUUUCCAGUCCAUCCUCCAAGCCGUGCCCAAUGAUCACUGCAGCAUCCUCUGUCCAGGAGUCAGCUCAGUAGAAAUGAGGACUCUACUGGAAUACAUGUACUCUGGUGAGGUGAAUGUUGCACAAUCUGAAAUCCCACGGAUCAUGAAAAUUGCCGAGCAGUUGGAGAUCAAAGGAUUGUUUGACAUGGCGGACAUGAAAUACAAGAUGGAGAAGUUCAAAUUCGAGGAGCCACAGCAAUUUUUCGGCACCUUCCAUCAGAACAAAAGGCCCACUUCCACUGAUCCAUACACUCCAGGAUCUGCAGGAGGAAACGGUGGUGCCAGCAGCUCAAAGACAAAUCAUCAUCAGUUUCCACAUCAUCAGUCAUCACCAGUGAUCUCAACAUCGACAAAUGUCUCAUCAGCUCAGAGUAGCAGCUCAUCACCACCCUACAACUAUAAAUCCCCCUACUCGAGCUUAUAUCCGAGAAGUCCUGGACCAUCAACAGGGCCAGAUCGUGGUCCCCAGUGGCCACCUCUGACUACAUCUCUGCCAACACAGCACCUUCAGUCAGCAGCUGCCGCGAUGCUAAGCUCUGUUUAUGAAUCCGGCUCGGAUAUGAAUCCUCUGAAACGCAAAAAGAUCUCCAGUAUCUCCAGCAUGCUCAUGUCCAGAGAUACUCCUAUUUUGAGGAAUGUUCUGGCACAGCCAAAUGCUGCAGAUUCCUCACAGCCCGUGCCUCUCGUGUGCCAGCCCGGUGAUCACGAUCGCCAAUCCACCCAGUCCAACGGCAGUACUGACUACUCCUCCAAGAAUGUGAAAAAUGAGGAACCCCAUUCGCCGUAUACGGACAAAUCUUUCGAAGAUGAUACUAUGGAAUCCCCACAGAACUUCUCAGGAGACUCUCGUAUUGCCCCAUAUGUUCCACAACAACAAAAGCCCGAGUGGAAGCGAUAUAAGCAGUACACGAGGAAUGAUAUCCUCUCAGCGAUAGAAUGUGUACGCAAUGGGAUGAGUGCGUUACAGGCAUCUAGGAAAUUUGGAGUGCCUUCACGCACACUCUACGACAAGGUCAAGAAACUAGGAAUAACGACAGGGAGACCAAUGAACCGCACUAUCAAACGAAGCCCUAGCAAUGGUCCUAGCUCAGCUUUCCCAUACGGUAUCAGUGGAACAACGACACCCUAUUCCCAUCACUCCGGAGGUCAAGAUGGAACUUCAAUGUCUCAUCAAGGCCUAGGGGAUGAAAGGGAUAGGGAACAGGCUCAUCAUCUACCGCCUACAAUUCCUCAUCCAGCAGCAGCCUUACUCGAUGCCACAUUCUUGCAACAAGCCUUGGAAGCUCGCGGAGGAGAUAUUGCCGGAAGAGAAGCAUUACACGCCAUGGCCUUUGCUGCGGCAGCCCAUGCGGCUGUCAAUGGAAUUUCUACCAGUCCUGGAACUCAUGGAACAGCAAGAUCUCCAAGUCCUAGCCACUUUAUCAAAUACAUGAGACGCUCGAGAACUCCACCUGACAACGACAGAGACAACCACCAUGGACCAGACGAAGACUACAGAGCUGAAGAUCUGUCGAUGGUGAAAAAAGAGAUGGCAUCUCCAUCAGGGGCCUCAACACCUCUCCCUCAGGGACCUUCACAUCAUUCUCCAAUGUCACGGGACGUCUCACCAGCGCCACCCGUGUCUCCACCGCACUCACCACCAGGACCACCAGUACCCAGUCAGGGUGUCAUCGUGCCACCACUCACUAAAGUAUCCCCCACGCUCAAGGACCCUUUUCUGGAAGAACGCCAAAGGGAAGCGUCUCCUAUGAAUGACGAACCGCACGACUAGGAACCCCUCGACUGCACGGGAAAUAAAGGGUAAAAAAUUGUUCUAAUUUCGUACACUUUUUCGCAGUUAGACUCAUUUUCUGUGCAGUCGCGUGCUCAAAUUAACCCGUCAGUCGUGGAUCUAGUGAAACUGAGUUGCUCAAAGUUGCUCAAUCAUUUUUUUAACACACACAAAAUGUACAAGACAAUUUCUAAAAUCCGACUGAAUUUGUGCAAUAAGGUAGCAAAAACUAUAACCAUUUCAAGGAAUUCCUCAAAGGCUCAAUUUAUUUAAAAAAAAAAAAGAAAAAGAAAAAGAAAAAGAAAAAAAACGACAAAAUUGAUAUGCAAAAAAUGAGCAAAACAAACGUACUUUAUAUUUUUGAAAAAUAUUACCUCUUAUCAAAACCCAAGUUAUUUUGUAAAUACUUUUUUUUAUUAUUAUUUUAACUUCAAAUUUUCACUCUUUUCUCUCUGAUUUUCCUUGUGCAAAAAUUCAUCCUCUUCGUCUUUUUCGUUUUCUUUUGAAAUAUUUUUUUUUCUAAAUAUUUUUUCUUGUCUACUUGCGAAAUCCUAUUAAUGUUGUGUUUAGUGAGUAAUUGAAAGAAAAAUUUUAGAAGAUAAAGUCGAAAUGUGAUUUUCGACUCUGUACAUUUUUAAUCAAAUCUGUCCUACCACCGAGUGCCUAUUAGAAAAAAAUAUUAUUAAACAAUCUUAAACAAGAUCGACACUAUUGAAUGUUUUUUGGAACAUUUAUAAUUUUUUUUAUUACGGAAAACUAUAUUGCAUAGUUAAUCACGCGCCAUUUAAGUAAUUUCUUAGCACUAAGUCGUUUCAUUUUACAACUAAAUAAAAAAAACACAAUCAAGAAAGAUUAUUGUAUGUAUUUUUAAAUAAAUUGUAGGUGUAAUUCGUUAAAAAUCACUGAUUGUUGGAGAGAAUAUCAUUGAAAAAAAAGGUUUUUAAAGCGAAGAGGUAGAAGAAUUUUGAGUAAGAACAAGGUAAAUGAUAUUUGAAUAGAGUUUAUUUUUAACGAAUAUGUAAAACUAAUAAAAAGUAAAAAAAAAAAGAAAAAUAAAACCAACAAAAGACUGACUUGAUGGUAUAAAGUUAAAAAUGUGGAAGAUUUAGAAAGAAAGUGUAAUGUAGCCAUUCUUAAAUGUAUUUUAAAAAUUAGUUUGGUGAACAAAGUGUUUUCACUCUCAGUGAAGAACUAUUUUCUAAUAAAAAAAAGGGAAUAGAUGAAAAGUAAAUAUUAAUUUAAAAUAAAUCUAGAUGAGACUGAUUGAUUGAAUUUCUGUAGCUCACAAUUGAGAUAAAACCAUCUGCACAAUAUUUUGCAAAUUUCAAUGUAAAUGUUUAACAAACUAAGUCACACAAUUGAAUGUUUAAGCAGUUUUUGAAAAUUAAACAGCAAUUAUUUUUCAAUAUUGGCAUUCUUUUGAGUGGAAACAAAUACACAGAAAUGUAAAUUUGAUUUUAAAUGUUGGAGAAAAGUUUUGCAAAUAAAAAAAACAUUAAAAAAUAAAGUGCUGGGGCGAUGCAAUAAUCUGCUAUUGCUCCUUGAAAAUUACAAAUAGAGAAAAUAAUUGAAAAAAAGUAAGAGGACAUUAUUAAAGAAAGUAGCUUUAAUAGAUUUGGAUGAAUAAAAAAAACAAUAGAUAAUAAAAAUAGGAUAUAUCUUGGCAAAAUUAUUAAUUAAGUCAAAAAAAAAGUUAAUCAAUUUUCGGUUUAGUAGAAUUAUAAUUUUUGGCAUUUAAAAAAAUCUCAGACAUACUUCAAAGUUUUAUAAAAUAAAAAAAAAAACACAGAGAAAGAGAAGAUUAAAAAGGCAGAAAUCUUGUGCAAGACAUUAAAGUUUUCGCUAAAAAAAACAAAAAAAUAGGUAAUGAAUAAAAACAUUUUUAUUUCCUGUGAUCUUUUUAAUAGACUGAUAAAUGAUAAAUAAAGAAAAAACCUAAUAAACAUAUAGUUGUAUAGAUUCUUUUUUUAAAAAAGCUAAAACUGAAAUAUUAUUGAUAAUUGUUAAUUUGUUUUUUCUCUCCCGUUAGACUGAUUUUGUGUUUUAAUUUUUUUCGGGGUAUCUCUGAACGAGAAAGAAAGGUAAUAAAUAUUUUUUGCAAUACUCAAAUUUGAAUUCACAGACCUUUGAAAAAAAAACAUUAAACAAAUAAAAUUUUGGACAAGAUUUUGUAAAUAACCGCUCUUCUUUCGGACAACAAAUCCUCUGAGAAAAAAAAGAACAUAAAUGUUUUUGUAAUUGUAAGUUUGAAAGACGUGAAUAUUCGGAAAAUAAAGAUUUAAAAUAAAGAUGUUGAAGUGAAUAAAAAGAAUAAAACAUAUUAGAUGAAAGACUGCAUUGGAAUUUUUUUUCUCAAAGUAGCUUGAAAAAAUCAUUCUUGAAUGUUGCAAAUUGAAUGAAAAUAAAGAAGAAAAAUCUAUUUGACAAUUCCACCCAGUUUUUGUGCCUUUUUUCGACGAUUUAAAGAAAACAAAAAAAAAUGUGUCUUUUCACUCAUUCCAAAUGUAUUAUCUCGAACAUAGACGUGGAAAAGGUAUAAAAUAAGAAAAAAAUAAAUAAAUCAACUAUUGAGCAAAAUGUAUAAUCAAAAAACUAAUAGAUUUAUAUAUUUUAUCACAAGUGUUUUCUCAAAAUAAAAAAAAAAAACAAACAGGAUUUAUGAGCAAAAAAUAAGAUUGGAUGUUUCGUUGUUUGCAAUAUGUAUACAUUCUUUUUCGGAUGAUGAUAAAUGUAAUAUUAGAUUAACUUUUAAUAUACGUAUGAAACUAUUGUAGAA